AUGGAUUUUAUAGUAGGAUUGCCCAAUUGUAAGGGAAAAUCAGUUAUCAUGGUGAUUGUCGACAGGCUUUCAAAGUACAACCAUUUGAUUGCACCUGCUUAUCCUUACAAUGCUUCUAUAGUUGCUCAACUAUUCAUAGAACAUGUUUUCCGAUUGCAUGGCAUGCCUAAUUCCAUUAUGAGUGAUAGAGAUCCAGUGUUUGUAAGUGCAUUUUGGAAAGAACUCUUUAGACUCCAAGGUUCCAAACUCUGCAUGAGUUCUGGAUAUCAUCCUCAAACUGAUAGGCAGACUGAGCUUGCUCAAAAUCGCAUGAAAGUGCAAGCAGAUAAGAAGAGGACUGAGAGACACUUUAAUAUUGGAGAUAUGGUGUAUUUGAAGUUGGUGCCCUAUCAACUACACUCAUUGGUGAAUCAUAGUUAUCACAAAUUACAACCACGAUUCUAUGGUCCUUAUGCAGUUCUGGAGAAGAUUGGUGUUGUGGCAUACAAAUUGAAACUUCCUGAGGGGUCCAAAGUCCAUCCUGUGUUUCAUGUUAGCUAUCUCAAAAAACAGGUCGGGAACAAUGUGACUCCCCAGAUUGAACUUCCUUUGGUGUCUGAGGAUGGCUUGGUUCAGGAUAUACCUGCAACAAUUAUGUCUAGAAGGAUGUAUAAAAAGGGGAAUGUGGCUGGAGUUCAACUUCUAGUGCAAUGGAAGGGUAAGGAAGUUGCAGAUGCCACUUGGGAAGAUUUUGAUGAGUUCCAGCAACGAUUUCUAGGUUUUGUAGUUUAA